AUGGCCCGUGGAGGUCGAAAAUGUAAGCGCACUGCCAAUGGAUUGAGAGAUGAACCAAUUGAGCAACCUCCCUCAUGUCAUGAAACAAGGCAGCAGCCUCCACUUGGAACAAGCCAUGAAAAUGUAAUUGAACAAGUUCAAGGAGAAGCUGCUCGGGCACCUCAAUCUCCAAUCCAGAAUUCUACAUUGGGAAUAAUGCAUGAAUCAGGUGACCAAGUUACUCAACAAGCUGAUGGAGGAAAAGAAACUACAAAUGAUUCAAGUGAAGUACAUCAGAAAACCCGAGGCCCUACAUUUAUGAAAGAAAUUUGGGGUCGGCCUAAGGACUUUCCACGGAUUGAGAUUAAACUCGAUGACAAUGGGAUCCCAAUAAGUGAGAAAACCUCUUUUUCUGAAUUCUUGGGCAGUUUGGCUAGGAAUGGUAUGUAUUGUCCAAUAGAUGUUGAAAGUUGGCUUAAGAUGCCAAGGAAACUUAAAAUGGACAUGUUAGAAGUGAUAAAGGAAAGGUUUGCUUUGCCUAUGGGACUAGAAGCUUGGACCUUAAGAUCUAUUGGCAAAAAAUGGAGAAGCUGGAAGGCAGAUUUAAAGGCUACAUAUUUUGAUCCUGCCGUGCCAAAUGCUGAAGCUCGGUUUCAAAAGGACAUAAGGGUACGGGAAGAGCAAUGGAUCAAACUUUGGGCUUAUUGGAAAAGUAAAGAAGCAAAGGCCAAACAGUUGGGAAGACCUCCUACUAGAGUAGAAAUAUUCAAUAAGUUUUAUACCCAUGCCGAUGGAACUCCAUCAAGUACCAUAGUUGCUGAGAAUUCGGAAAAAAUGAAUGAGCUGAAAAAUCAGCUUCCAUCGGAGUCGCAAGAUCCAUCAACAUUGGUCCGUUUGGAGGAAAGGCUUCAGCGACAAGAUGAUGAAAUAGCCAGUUUGAAGAAAAUGGUUUUAGUUCAACAUGGAAGGGGCUCUCCAAUUGACAGCCCGAGACAUCCUUCAUCAUCAUCUAACAAUGUGUCAAGCCAAACUCCAUCGUGGAAACAGCUGAAGAAUGAUGGGGACUUCAUGGUUAUGACUGAGGACUCUCAACAAAAUGGAAAGUUUGGAAGCUAA